ACCAUUCCUUGCAACUCAUUAUUUACUCGUAUUCUCUGGAAACUGCUAAAAUUUCACAUAUUGCGCCAGGUUUUGAGAGUUGAUGGGAAGAUUGUUAUCAAACGAAGGCGACAGACGGGAAAUAAGAAAACUUCCCAUCAAUAAUUGCCUCACGUUGAGACGAGCACCACAAAGGAGGAGCUGCCAUCCGUACAGCGACAAGUGCUGCAGAUAACCACCAUUGGGAAAGCGACGAAGCGACCCUUGCAAAUUUAAAUUAUAACCAUGGCUGACAGCGACUGGGACACCGUGACAGUACUUCGCAAAAAGCCACAGAAGGCCUCGCAACUCAAAAGUGAACAGGCUGUGAAUCAGGCUAGGAGACAGGGAGCAGUUGUUGAAACCACAACAAAGUAUGGCGCAGCUACCAAUAAACAACAUGGAACAUCAAUGAAUACAGCAAAACUUGAUCGGGAGACUGAAGAAUUAAAGCACGAGCGCAUUACAGUUGAUGUUGGGAGGCUUAUUCAGCAGGGUCGUCAGGCCAAAAAUUGGACACAAAAAGAUCUUGCAACGUAUAUAAAUGAAAAGCCACAAGUGAUUCAAGAAUACGAACAAGGCAAGGCAGUCCCAAAUCAGAAUGUCCUUGGUAAAAUUGAACGAGCCAUUGGAAGAAGUGGAACAUUCAUAGUUAGUCUAGGUUACUAUGGUGAUGCAAGUAAUGGAUGCUGAGGACUACGACUGCGUGGUAAAGAAAAAGGUUUGCCUAUGGCUCCUCGGGGGAAGAAGAAGUAGGCAGCGGUCCACCUCACUGCCACUACAAAUCUGAAGGCCAUGAAAAUAAUCGGGUUAUGUUCCACCAUUAGAGAAUUGUUUACAAAAAACAUAUUUUGAUUUAACAUUCAAACUGUAUACCUGACAAACUUAUUAAGUUUUAUCUUGUAGUUCAAGUCAAUUUCCCCCCUUACAAAUUAGCAAAGGAGAAGGUUGUUAAUGAAAAGAACCAAGAUAGACAACAAAUGUCAGUUUGUGUAAUACAGCAUUGUCUUGUGCGUGUUAUGUUUGGGAAAAUGUUUCACACAUGCAUUAUUUGCUUUCAUCAUGUAUGCUACUGUUUUCCUGGAGUAUGUUUUUAGUUGUCUUAUUUCUGUUUACCAUACCAAGUCUUUCUAUGCAGCAUAUAGUUCAAGCCAAGUUUUGCACUGACAAAGCAGCCUUUACCUUUUAUUGGCAACGUGUUAGUGACAUUGCAUUAUUAUUGGUUGGACUUUGUUUGAUACUCUGCAUAAAAUGUUAACUUUUUUCAAUUUUCUAUGGUAAUAUGCUGAAUAAUAAGGAUUACCGUUAAAGUAGUUA